AUGCCAGAGACGGAAUAUCAAGGAUCGUUUGGAAGGUCAUUAUUGAGUUUGCGGCGGGACCAGGUGCACGUAAUGGACCCAACGGCAGUACCCGAGCCUAUGAGCAUGGAGGUGGAGUUGGACUCUUUUCAAAGACAAGUUGCUGAAAAGUUUAUCGAUCUCAACGCUUACGCAGCUGAUGAUGAACCCCUUUCACUUGAAUGGAUAGGAAAACUUGUAGAUUCCUUUCUUUGUUGUCAAGAAGAAUUUCGAGUUAUAAUAUUCAACCACAAGCAUCAGCUCCACAAGCAUCCAAUGGACCGUCUCAUAGAAAAUUACUUCGAGAGGAGCGUCAAGGCUCUUGACGUAUGCAAUGCGAUCCGUGAUGGGAUCGAGCAAAUCCGACAGUGGCAGAAAUUGAUUGAAAUCGUUAUAUCCGCUUUGGACAAUAGUGACGCAAGCAAAACACAACUUGGCGAAGGAGAAAUCAACCGUGCAAAGAAAGCUUUGAUUGAUUUGGCCAUCGGAAUGAUAGACGAGAAAGACUCUUCUAACACAUUGGCACACCGUAACCGUUCUUUCACUCGAAAUAAAGACCAUAAUUCAAUUGGGUAUAUCAGAUCCCUUUCAUGGAGCGUUUCUAGAUCGUGGUCAGCUGCAAGACAGUUACAAGGCAUAGGACAUAACUUGGCCGCACCUCGAUCAAGCAAUGUCAUUGCAACUAAUGGCCUAGCUCUAACGGUCUACACGAUGACAUCAAUAUUACUAUUUGUAAUGUGGGUUCUUGUCGCGGCCAUACCUUGCCAAGACCGUGGUUUACAAGUACAUUUUUAUUUUCCAAGGCAUUUUCAAUGGGCUGUACCAGUGAUGUCCCUUCAUGACAAGAUCAUGGAAGAAUCAAAGAAAAGGGACAAAAAGAACGCUUGUGGACUACUUAGAGAAAUUAAUCAAAUCGAGAGAAGCUCGAGAAUGUUAAGUGAAUUCAUUGAUUCAGAUAAUUUCUCAUUAACAGAUGAAAAAGGGACAGAGAUGAAGCAAAGAGUGCAAGAAUUGAUGGAGGUUUGUGAAGCUGUGAAAGAAGGUUUGGAUCCUUUUGAAAAGAAAGUGAGGGAUGUCUUUCACCGCAUUGUCCAUAGCCGCACUGAGGCUCUUGAUUCUCUUGGAAACGUUCAUAAUCAAUAG